CGUGGCCAAGGGGAGAUGGCAGGCAUCCAUCGCGGCUCUCAGAUUGCCGCCGGCCGCGCUCUCGCUCUGAAUCCUGCUGGGCGCGAGCAGAUCAGUUCGAGGAGUCAAUCGGUGCGGCUGGCGCACGGCGACAUGGUCCUGCCGACCAGAGAAGCGGCCUUUGCGUCCUACGGUCUUUGCCAGUGCACGGUCUCCCACAGGAAAAUCAGGGCGCUCGCCCUAGCCUUCCUCAUCCUCUCCCUAGCGUACCACAACUCCGUCGAAGCAUCCUGGUGGAUGUUAGGGUUACCAAACAGUAUCCCGGGCGCCAACGAAGUCACACCUAUCAACUACAAAGAUGUUUGCAGAACGAUGCACUUUCUCAGUGACAGACAGAAGGAAUUGUGCGUCCUUAGCGAGAACAUUCUCACGGCAGUGGGCUUGGGAGCUAAAAUGGGAAUUGAUGAGUGUCAGCACCAGUUCAGGAUGAGUCGGUGGAACUGCUCCACAAACGCAGAGUCAAAUGAAGUUUUCGGCAACGUCCUCUCAGUCAGCAGUCGAGAGAAGGCGUACAUUUACGCGGUGUCUGCGGCGGGUGUCGCUUAUUCCAUCACUAAGUCGUGCUCUCGCGGUGAGCUCAACGAAUGCAGUUGUGACAACAAAGUGCGCCAGCGGAAGCCCAAAGGCAACUGGCAAUGGGGAGGUUGCUCAGAGGAUUUCCAAUUUGGGGAGAAAUUCAGCAGAGAUUUUGUCGAUUCCAAAGAGACCGCUGACGAGGCUGAGGGACUGGUUAACCUUCACAACAACGAGGCUGGAAGAAGAUCGAUCCGGUCUCGGAUGCAGCGGGUGUGCAAGUGUCACGGCAUGUCCGGUUCGUGCAGCAUGCGAGUGUGCUGGCGCAAGCUGCCGCCGUUCCGCGUCAUCGGCGACGCGCUGCUCGCGCGCUUUGAGGGUGCGUCGCACGUCAAGCUGGUCGAGCGCAAACGCAAGCGCAUGAAGAAGCUGCGACCAGUGCAUAAGGACAUGAAGCCGCCCAACCGCACCGAGCUGGUCUUCCUCAAAGAGUCGCCCGACUAUUGCGAGCGCAAUGAAACAUUGGGCGUGAUGGGCACCCGCGGUCGUCUAUGCAACCGGACGUCGAUGGGCAUGGACGGUUGCCGGCUGCUGUGCUGCAGCCGCGGCUACCAGACCAAAAUUCGCGACGUCGAGGAGAAGUGCAAGUGUCGCUUUGUGUGGUGCUGCCGCGUCGAGUGUGACAAGUGCCGCUACAAGCGCGAGGAGUACAUCUGCAACUAGAUCAAAAUUAUCAUUUAACAGAAAUUCUUAGAAUGAAAAAGGAUUUUUCCGAAAUUUUUUGUAAUGAAUUUGAUUGGAUUUUCAGUUAAAUAUUUAUAACCAUUUUAUAAUAAAAGCUUGGGGCUUCGGAAGACCAUUUUUACUUAACUUUUGUAUAAACUCGUCCUGCCUCUGCCGUUCAUCCUUCAGUGUAGCAAAAAUUCAUGUUGUAUGUUAUAAAUCCCCCUAAAUACCAUCCGCAAAGUGUUUUUCGUGAAGUGUGUGUUUAGUUGUAAAAUCUUCUAUAUGAAAUACGCGACGUGCUUAAAAUUAAUACUUGUAAUGCUUGCUCUUGUAAAUACACAUUAAAUAGCCACUUGCUUACUUUACUCCCCACAUCUCAGGUGGAGCUGUGGAAUACAACAAAGUAAAAAGGAGCGCCUGCAUUUUCAAAAUUCUUAUAUAGUAAAAAAAUAUCCACAAGACACAAAUUACUUAAAAAGAAUCACAACGACUGAAUGCAGAGACUACGUAUUCAUCAAACUAAAAAUAUGUCACGAAGAGUAUUUGAUCUGGUCGAGUCGCUUUUGCACUUCUCUUUUACUGACGCGUGUGUUCAAAUGAAAUGCAUUUUUAUGUUUUUAACUUAUUUUUAAACGUAGACUAUCAGAAUAGAGAAGAUUGUGAUCAUUUGUAUGAUAAGAAUAUGCUAGCGGGUAGGAGGUAUUGAUUUCACAAUUUUCUUUUCAAAUAUUUAUGUACUUCCUAUUCUAUAAUUGUAUCAAAACUGAUUAAAACUCUUUAUGUCAAUGCGAUUAGGAAUAAUUAGACUUAUUAUGCAAGUGUUAUUAAUUAAAUGUGUAUCAAAAUACAGUAGUUUUGAGUUUAUGGGCACACUUAUAGCAACCAUGUGCAAAUAUUCAUGUUGUAUAAUUAGCUGAUGAAAUAAAAUACAA